UUUCUGGGAGCGUUCCGCUGGCGCCCCUAUGGGCGAGGAAGCGGGCGAGGCGGCUGUCCAGGGCCAGGCGGCUGGCGACGUGCUCUGGUUCGCGAAUCCCUCCGCGGGUGCUGCCACCGCCUCCGCGCCCGUCGACGCCGGAAUCCCCACGCUUCCGAUGAAGCGCAAGUCGCCGCCACCCGAGGAGCCGGAAGCGGCCGUGCAGCCCCUAAUGCACGUUCAAAUGGGAGGCCCGCCCCCCACAGCAGCGCCGGUUAUCGAGGCCGCACCCGUGGUGCAGAUGGCCGUAGCGCCGGCUACCGAGGCCGCGCCCGUGGUGCAGGCGGCCGCGGGCCCCGUCGCAGCGGUCGCCGCGGCGGUCGCUGCGGCGGCGGUUUCCGCCGGCCCGCCCGUUCGGCGACCGAGGGGCCGCGCGCCGAACGACGAGAGCGGGCGGCCAAAGGUGUGGAACCCAAACUUGGCCUGCUGGGUCGAGGACACCGGCGAACUCCCCGCGGCUGUCCCCGGCUCGGGGACCUCGGCAGCGGAGGCCGAGAAGCAGAGGAAGAAUGCAGAGCGGCAGCGGGAGCGGCGGGAGCGAGGCGACUGGAAUCCGCAGGACGAGCAGUGCUGCCCGAAGUACGCCAAGAACACGCUCAAGUCGAGCCGCAUCAAGGGCGACCCAAUGCUGGCGGGUAUGCUCGAGAACCACAAGGCGGUCCCGGCGACCCCGUUCUGGCGGAUGCUGUGCAGCAAUGAUUACCACACGACGCGGCGCGAGAUCACCAAUUUCCGCUCGCGCCAGCAGCAGAAGGCCAAGAAGGCGGCGGCCGCGGGCCUGGCAGCGGCGGGGCCGCUCAUGGCCCUACCGUAUGCAGGGUAGGAGCCCAUAGUGUGGAGAGGACUGCCCUGCGCGCCCGCGCGCGCGCGGGGGCCGCUCUGGUAGGCUGUAGCGCCGGACACGCCGAUUAGUUGUCGCGAUGUGUCCGUGCGCGUGCGAAUUGCGAUGUGGGCCUGGCGUUGCGUGUGUCUUUGCUCCAGGCAACGGCCGUGGCGAGAGAGGGACACGCUGGUAUCUGGGGGGUGGGCGGCAUUUUUGAAUCAUUCAAAAAUUCAAAGAUCUUCA